CACAUUCCUCUGGUAGACAUUAACUUAUUAAAUCAACCCUGAUUGCAAAUAUAAACUUUGCCCCCAUCUCACCCGGCAACCAUAAGAGGCGGAUCUCAGUCUAUAAAGGGAAGUGAGAACUGUUCCUGGGUCUUGGGUUCCCAUAUCCUCCCUCUGUCAAGAUGUGGCACCUGAAACUCUCCGCAGUGCUCAUGAUCUGCCUGCUGUUGUGGGGCCAGGUAGAUGGCUCCCCAAUACCAGAACUGAGUUCAGCAAAGAGAAGGCCACGGAGAAUGACUCCAUUUUGGAGAGCAGUUUCCCUCAGGCCCAUUGGAGCCUCUUGUCGGGACGAUUCUGAAUGUAUCACGAGGCUAUGCAGAAAAAGACGCUGUUCCCUAAGUGUGGCCCAGGAAUGAUGUCCAUACCAGGGGAAAAGAAGACAGCAUUCACCUACAACAAUGCUCCAUUCUAUGGAAUACUGAUUAAUUGCAUUUUGGCUGGAGACACUUAAGUAAAGCAAUAUCGUGUUUUUAAUAUUUAAA